CCAAAAACAAAGAAAAACUCAGCGCAUUGCUUUUCCGCUCUCGAGUGCGUCACAGAUUUUCAAAGGCAGCUAUGGAUCCGAAGAAGCCUAAAGAAGACUCGCUCUCAGAAAAAGAAGUGAAAUCCCCAAACAUUCUUGAGCGAGUGAAGGAGGAGGUUGAGGCUGUGUUUCACCAUGAUAAAACACCUCGCCAUGACAAGGAAACUCACGGGAGGAGUGAUGACAUUGAUGAGAAAACUGAUGUUGAUGAAGUGAAAGCUCCUGGAGUGUUUGAACGGGUCAAGGAAGAGAUCGAGGCAGUAGUUGAGACAAUUCAUCCUAAGAAAGAAUCUGACAGCCAUGACUCAUCAAAGUGAGGGGUGGAUUUGCCUCGGCGUUGUUUUUGGGCUUUUGGCUUUGGAGGAGCACUCUGCUCACAUUAGAAGAAACUCUAUCGAUCAUUUUCUAUUCAUCAUGUCACAAACAAUUAAUCAUUUGGCUUACAGUGAAUCACAGAUAUAGCUCAACUCCUCUGUUUAGUUCGAUUUCCAGGCUGUAUAAUGCUUAGUUUUUAGGAGCAUUCUCAGGAACCAACAAUUCAUGUCAUGUUGGCAAGAUAUAAAAUGUCGGAGUGACCAGCUCAUAAUUUGUAGUGUUAAUCUGCUAAUAGAUUACGAGAAUCCUAGCUUUUUAAGGCCCCCAGAAAGUUUAGCAGUCACUCUCAGAGUAAUGUAGCUGGCGUCUGUACAUUGUCAAGUCAACUAGCUUUCCUUCUGUUA